ACAAGUCACACAUAGCUAAUAUGCUAUUUUCGAAACCAGACAAAAUUAAUUACAAUUUAAUAAUAAAUUAGGAGCUCCGCUAAAUACAUUGCAUUAAUUUAUUUGUUAUGUUUAAUGUUCUCGUUAAAAGCAAUGAAUUUUUAAGAAAUAAAAACAAAAAAAAAAACUCUUCAAAGAAAAAACUUACAAAAUAAAAUGUCUGCAAAUAAGAAUGGCAAUUUGGACAAACCCACUAAAAGCGUGUGGUGUGAAUUCUUCAAGCAAUUACCACGCCCUCAAAACAUAUCAUAGGCUGUUCAAAAAUCACACAUGUUAAAAAUAAAUAAUAUUCUUCAAUGUUCUGGGGGUUUUGUUGUUGCACUCGGAGGAAGACUAAAACACAGUCUUUCAAAAUACAGCAUCUCAUUCGAUGAUUUUUUUGAAAUUCAAGUGGGUUCAGUUUUUUAGAGAACAUUGUGGAUGCAUGUCGUUGGCGGAUCCGAUCAUUCGAGCAUCUUUGUGUCAAGUGUUUUUAGAAAAGAUUUGUGAUUUUUAAACUUAUUUAGUACGAACAAAAUGGAAACUAAUUCGGUGCGACGUUUUCCAAAUAGUUUUUCAAUUGAGAAUAUUUUAUCAAAACCUGAUAAGCGAUUAGAGGAAUGUGAUCGUGUGAGUGAGAAUCAUGAAGUGAAUAAUCAGAUUGUUAGAAACUUUAAUAUCAAUGGAAUACACUCGCCGCCAAUUUCGGACAAUAUACCUGCCAUUUUAAGUCCAGCUUCAAGUUUUACUGAAGAAAAUGCAGAUGAAUGCAGUGAAGCCACAUCGGAGGAUAGUAAUAAUCUGAAUGACGAUCGUAAGAAACGUCCCCGCACUGCCUUUUCUGCAUCACAGAUUAAAGCACUGGAAACAGAAUUUGAACGUGGAAAGUACUUAUCGGUGGCUAAGAGGACCGCUUUGGCCAAACAGCUUCAUCUGACAGAAACCCAGAUCAAAAUAUGGUUCCAAAAUCGUCGUACCAAAUGGAAACGCAAAUAUACCGCCGAUGUUGAAACAUUGGCUUCACAUUAUUACGCUCAACUUGGUAUUGGGGGUCUGGCACGUCCCAUGGUUGUUGGUGACCGACUUUGGCUCUUUAGUCAAACCCCUACCGGCCCCGCUCCAAUACAAUCAAUCAUGUUAAAUGGUGGUCCAACACCAAUGGGAAUGCCACCAAGUCAAAAUCCUGCCUUGCGUCCAUUUCCACCUUCUUCGCAGCCAAUACCACCGCCUUCGAAUAGCGUCAUGGAAAGUGCUCGAAAUGCAAUCUUAUCUCGAGGGCAACCUUUAAACUUUGGCUUACCAUUCUCGAUGAAUAAGACAAUUCCACCUCAAUUCCCGGCAGGAUCAGGAUACAAUAUGUCACAACGAGUCUCUCCAAUGGCAAAUCAUCAUCAAAUGGGCAACCCAAAGGCUCAAUCUUUCAAUGACAUCUCAAAAUUUGAUUUCCAAAAUAAAAGUCCUUCGACCUAUCGCAGUUCAUCGGUUGAAACUGACACCUACCUUCAACUCAAGUACAACUCUAUACAUAAUUGUGAAGAAAGUGAUACAUCAAAUGGUUUGGCCGAAUUGGAACGAGUGUUUGGAGACUCAAAUGGAAGUUUUCUAGAACACAAGUCAAAUCAUUGUGGUUCAGUGUCGGGUAAAAAAGACACUGAUUGUCGAGCUAGCCCUCCGGACUCGGAAUGUAGUGACAUUGAUUGUGAACAAAUUGAUGAAGAUGAAUCCUAAUGAUUUAAAAUUUUUUCAAUUUAAAAACAUAAGAAUAAAUAAUUUAAAUUCACUGUUUUUUUUUUUUUUGUUUAUUAAAAUUGCAAUUCAAAUUGAUUUUAUUAUUUUGUAUAGUUAUUCAUUAUUAUUUCAUUUUUUUUACAUAUCACAGCCAGGUAGGCUAGAAAAAAAUAAAACUUAUUUAAAAUUAUUAAUUAAAAUUUAAAUAUACAAUAAAUACAUAUAA